UUUAGUCUAAACUUGAGAAUAAAAAUGAAUAAAUUAUUUUGUAUGGAAUGCAGGAACUCAACCAAGGUUUAUAAAUCAUUGUUUACAUAUCACCCAAAAAGAUUUCUUUUAUCUUUUAAUACAUUUAAUGCAAAUUUCAAAAGCGGUCAGAAAAAUCAGUACGGAAAUUUAAUUGAAUUCCACAAGGCCCAAGGCUUGCUUAGAAAUACUUUUUUUUUCUCUGUAAAACGUUUUUUCAACUCUGGUGGAAGUAAAGUUUCUGGAAAACAAACAACUUUGUUAUACUUAUCGGCUCUAGUUAUUAUCACUGCUGGCUUAUCAUAUGCUGCUGUCCCCCUGUAUCGAAUAUAUUGUCAGGCUUCUGGCUAUGGAGGUUCUGUUAAGCAUGCUGAUACAGGUGAACAAAUUGAAAAUAUGAAACGUGUUGCUGAUCGAAAGUUAAUCAUAAGAUUUGAAGCAUCUACUGGCAACCAGCUUCAAUGGUCUUUUAAGCCUCAACAAAAAGAAGUGCAGCUUACUCCUGGUGAAACUGCGUUAGCUUUUUAUACAGCCAAAAAUUUGAGUGAUCGCCCAAUCAUUGGCAUAGCUACUUACAAUGUUGUUCCUUUCAGUGCUGGGCAGUACUUUAAUAAAAUUCAGUGCUUUUGCUUUGAAGAACAACAGUUAAAUCCGAGAGAAGAGGUUGAUAUGCCGGUUUUUUUUUACAUUGAUCCUGAAAUUGAUGAAGACCCGCUGAUGGAGAAAGUAAAAGAAAUUAUUCUAUCAUAUACGUUUUUUGAAUCAACUGGAAAUAUAUCACUUCCUUCUCCUCAUCAUACAAGAUAACUAAUAAUAUUGAGGAUGAUUGAGAAUAUAGAUAGAAUACUGAUUUAA